AGUAGCAUGUAACCUAAAAUGGAGGAAUCUGACGAAGAACUCCGCUUUUCGAAAAGAAAGUUGCAUUCGUCAGGUGCAAUUUCAUCGAGUGAGGAAGAUACGUGCAUAUGUAACAAUCCAAAAUCGGUAAGCAGAAGUUCUGAGAGGCUCCAGAAAAAGAGGCAGAGACUGUUUAACAAGCCUACCAGAGCGGAAGUGUGGGCAAAUAUAACUCCCUCAAAGUCACCAAGCAGAUAUGAGAAUUUGAAACCUAGAAAAAUAGUGAAUAACUUCACAAAGGAAAAUAACAGAUACAAUUAUGAUCCACUAGAGACAAGUGGGGAAGAGUCAUUGGAUGACUUCAUUGUGGAUGAUGUAGAAGAUUUCAAAUCAGAAUCCAGCUCAGAUGGUGGAGAUUCAAGUUCAGUAACUACCCGCAUAAAAUCACACAAAACACAGCCGUCUACUCCAAGGAUAAUAGGCAGAAGGAAACGUCUCAUCACUGAAACAGACUCUGAUGACUCAGAGGAAGAGAAAGAGUCUACUGAAUCCACUGAAGGUAAUAAAAGCUUGAACAAAUUAAAUGAAGAAAAGGUUAAUGAAGGGUAUGAAGCUGCCAAGGUUGAUCCUGAUGAGCAACAAUUACAUUCAGAAGGUGGAGAAAGACUGAAUUUUGAAAAUGUUACAGGAAAUGAACUUACACCAGAUUUGACAACAGUCAAUGAUGAUGAUGAUGAUGAUAGUGACGAAGAAAUUAUAAGCCCUCAAAAGAUACACUCUAAAUUAAAUGUACUAGAAAGUGAAAGUGAUGCUACAGACAAUGAAGCUGAUGAUUUAUGGCAAGUAACCAAAGAAGGAGCAUCUCAAGCAUUUGACAUUUCAUCUGAUCACACUGCAAAUACAAGUUCUUCCCCCGAGAUUAGUAAUGACAAUUCAAGUUCUGAGCAGGAAACUGAGUCUGAAUCAAGUGAAGAGGAAGAGGGACAAUCAGGAAGAGUUAGGAUUCAAAAAUUGAAGAAGAAACGGGAAAGAGACAGAUUAUUCGAACAGUUUAGGAAAGAGAGGGAUAGAAAAAUAGCAAAAGAAACUAAGACUGAUAGUAAAUAAAAAAUAAAUAAUAUUGUCCUACAUAAAUACAUGGACAAUACAUAGCAGGCGUACAGUUUGUAUCUUAUCUGUAUUUUGUAAGCUCAUAUGAGCACUAGUAACUAUGGAAGCUGCUUUUUCAUCUGCUCGCCGCGGAUCCUGGUCCGAACGAUUGUGUUGAUAAUAUUGUUGUUUAUUUGAAUAGGAGUUAUCUUGGAUAAAAAAGAAGGUAGAUGCUCAGCCAAAAUGCAGUGUUUUUGGGUGAGCGAUAAAGGCCCUUCACCACCCUCUUGAUUGUAAAAUAAUUUACAUAUCCGUUCAUUGUCCUGUUUUAUUUGUAUCUAAUGUGCAACAAUUUCAUGGUCUUUACGUUACGAAGAACAUUUACCUAAAUUUAUUGUUAAUAUCAUAUUUUUAAAGUUGAUCUAUGAUUUAUUAUUAUUGUUGUCCAUAUUAUUACUUUAUGCUAUUAGAGAAUAAAUAUAUACAAAUUU